GUUCGCUUCAGAACGGUCAGUGAGACACAUUGUGUGCUUAUCCGAACGCACGAAAACUAGUGGAGGAGACGGGAGCCAUCAUCAUUCAUCACUGUGAAUUUAAUCAUUCAUUGCGCAUGCGAUAAUAUUGUGGAUUGGUUGUUUACUACGCGCAUAUUUUAUUAAACAAUGAGUGUUCACAGUUAGUGCAAAAAAACCAUUCGUACAUUCCGAUCAUUACUAGUGUUUUAAGUGUGACUAAAAUUAAAUCAACAAAAUGAGUGCAAGUAAGAGGAGCGAUACUAAGAUUGCGGAGGACGAGAACAUCGAUUCUGGUUUUCUAUCUGGACCUAUUGACGUGUGUCCUUUUGAUGCGGAGUCGGAGCCCGAGCCCGAGCCUGCUAGUGAGGAUAAGAAAGUGAAAAGUGUAAGUGCUGUGCAGCCCAGCGAUAACGAGUACGAUAGUGGUAUUCUGUGCUUAUCGGAGCUUGUGUCGGGUGUGCAGCUCACUGACACGCAGACCCCACACAUCGCCGUAUCACCUCCUGAACAGAAGAACAUCCCACCUAUCACCCUAUUCUUCACGCCAGACGAACAGGGAGAUACACAACUACACAUAGCGUCAGUGCACGGAUGCGUCAAAUCAGUAGCAACACUCAUAAGGAUAUGUCCAAACAAGAUGUUUUUGGACUUGGCCAAUGACGAUGGACACACAGCGCUACACCUCGCUGUGAUGAGUGGGAAUGCCGUGGUCACCAGGAUGCUAGUGCACGCAGGACUCUCGAUCGAAGCGAGAGACAGGCUCGGAGAAACAGCCCUACACAAAGCGUCAACAAAAGGAAAUUUGGAAUGCCUACAAGCGUUACUUGCGCCUGUGCCUGAAUUCCCAUCAAGAAAUCUAACAAAAGUACUGAAUCAAAAGAAUUAUAAUGGAAAAGCAUGUGUUCACCUAGCCACAUCCGCAGGCCACCUUGUCGCACUACAGACCCUACUUUUCUACGGAGCCGAUAUCAAAGCAAAAGAAAACUUAGCGGGAUGCACAGCUCUGCACAUUGCUGCGCAACGUGGCGACGUGCGUAUUGUGAAGUACCUGCGGGAACGGUACGGAGACGAGGUGACGCAAGCGCGUGACUACGCACAGCGGACGCCGCGCCGCUACGCCAAGAAAACUGCUGCUGCUAGCGAGUUCAACAAAGUCGCCGGCGACAGCGACUCAGACUCCAGCUCCGAUGAUGAUACGUACGAAAGCGACAGCGGCGAGAGCCUGUACGAGAAGAUGGUGCGGGAUAUAUACGGGAACACGGUGAAGGGGUACUGAGGGGCGCGGCGCCACAGCCCGGCCACUCGCCACGCGCCAGCUGGCGCCGAGGCAGCCACUACCGCGCCAGCUGACCGCAAGCCGCGCCUGCUUCUCGAUAAAACACAAGCACCUAGUUACAAUGCCCCGACCCGGCCCGACCACACCGUAGCAAAGUUUCUGACAAAUAGAUCUGAAUAUUAUUUCCUUGUUGCGACGCGGCGCGCACACAGACCAACACUCGGCUUGUGUUUGUUGCAUGUGUAAGGUUACUACAGAUCUGUCAUUAAUUGUAAUCAUACAAUUAACUGCUUCAGGUUUUGUCACUGUAACUACAAACCAUAAAUAAGUGUGACCACAAAACGAAGUCAUAAUAAAUAAGUCACAAUGUUUCUGUGAACAGAAUCAAGUUUAGUUUUGGUCAGUGUAAGUCUGUAUGGGCGAGGAUAUAGUCUUCACUCUCAUUUGUAAAUAAUUCGAGGGGAAGAGAUGCAGCGAGGGAAAAUACGGCCCGCGGUACACAGUGCUGGGAAACUUCUGGAAAAUGUAUGAAGUGUUGAUUGUACGGAUUUGCCCUCUAUUUGUUUCACGGGACAAAUGUUAAUGUAGUGAUUGUGAGUGAGCACACGACGCCGCCUCCCAGCACUGUGUACACUGACGCGCAAAUUAGAUCUAAGUUAUUUGUAAGACUUGUACAGUCGCGGAAAGAAUGUUAAGUUUAGAAAAUUAUUUAAAUAGUGUAAUGCCUGUAAAAAUUGUUAAGUAUUUGUAUAUUUAUUAGAAUCGAAUAAACAUUGUUUACAACAUAAGUUUGGUAUUUUAUUGUCCGUGCUGCCUACUAAUGUUCUUUCCGCGACUGGACAGGUGCCUAACUGCUAUAUUGAUAAAAUGUUUGCCACACAAUGAAAACUGUAUUUUUAUGAGUAUAGCAGCUAUUUACUUAAGUGAUAUAAUUUGAACUCUAGGAGUACCAUCGUACCUAGAAAUGGCUGUAUUUUACUGAGAACCACUUGGCUGGUUGUCUUCCUUUGAUUAUUUGGUUUUCGGUUUAAGAAUAAUUAUAUUGAGAUAAUAGACCUAUCAAAAGUACCUAUAAUUUUUAUCAAUAUAUGGACAUCCUGUAUACAACAAUAUGAACUCGUUGUUCAAGUUGUUUGUAAAACAUACAAAUUGAGCAUGAGAAUGGGAUGGUCGUUAUUUUUAAUUAUUUUGGUGUCCAUGGCCGGUUCUAACGUGAUGGCAGGCAUCCUUCCAGUCCGUGGUGUGACGCUAGUAAGGGACUAUUUUUCAUAUUCGUAUAAUAAAUUAAUAAAAAAUAUAUAAUGACUAAAGUCGUCACUAGCGCCAUCUGCCUCGGUUCUCAAGUUACCUGCUGUUAUUGUUGGUGAAUAUUGAACACGCUAGUUGUACUGAAAGUGUAACACUACACAACAAUAUCUUGGUUUUGCCCAAACUUUCAGCGGAAAGUAGGUGCCAAUACUGAGUUUGUUAAUAUUUUACAUUCGGUCAUGUUACUGUAAACAUGAGGCAUUUAUCAGUGCCGUUCUUACCUAUAUAUUUUACUUAUAUCCAGUAGAUAGUAAUACAGCGAUACUCCGGCUUACAUGCCCUGUAACGCUGAGUUGGCUGUCGCGGUCCACGACUAUAUUUAGAAUAUUGACCGGGAUUGCACAGUCAGAGUAUCGCUGCUCUAGGGUAAUGUCUCUUUAUGCCUUACUUCCUGGAAUGUAGGCAUUAUGUUUUUUUUUUUGUAAUACAUGCGUGCUGUGAUGUCGUCACGAAGUUUGUUCGUUACAGCGCCACAUGCCAAAUAGCGUAUUGGUAGAGCCAGGGCUGCUGGCUGCAGGCUUCGUGGCGGUCACACGGCGCGUUAUAAUAUCGAGCGGCUCGGCUGCUGAAUGUAUGGCCGGUACUCAGAAGUUAUGCAACGAACGUCGGUGUUAGCCGCCUCUUAGUAUUUAGCUUUCUAUGUUAAACUUACACUUUGUUCUCUAUGUGUAUAAUUAUGUAAUUGUAUCAUAUAUAUCGUAGUGAUACUACCCGACACUCGCUAAUGUUCACUCGGGCUGUUAGCUCUUACUCAACUUCGCUAGUCUAAAAGCUGCCCAACGAUUCUCCCAAAGUAGAAACGAUGCUGUGAUACAUUUUUACAUUUUCAUGUUAUUUCCUCAAUGUAUUUAACAGUACUUAGGUAAGUCGACGCAAGCAAAGUCACGGCAUACAUUCAGCACCUGAGACAUGCUCUACUAUAAUUUAUUAGAAAAUAAUAUUGUUAUUGUAACACCCAUGUUUAUUAUAAUUGAAUACAAUUCUUGUUGAAUUAAAUAUAUAAACGUAUAUUUAAUGAACGUAGAACGUAUAACUAAGUGC